UUCAAGAGUCACUCCUCCAGGGGCUGGAUCUGGAUGCUGAUGUGUUGCUGAUCAAACUCUCGAACACUAGAACUUUCCCCUCAUACUUUAUCAACAACAAAUCCCUUCAUUGACGGAGGCCGAGCGUGUUAACAUGCUUCAUCCGUGAGUAACUGAGCGCAGGAUUCUCGUGCAUCCUUCGUUUCUAUUUAUUUGUCAGAUUGAAUCAACAGGUGCCUCGCGCGAUGCCCAGCCAGACUCUGCGCCCGCGUCUCUGCGUCCUGGAGAAGGGCGAGAACGGAUACGGCUUCCACAUGCACGGAGAGAAGGGCAAAAGCGGCCAGUUCAUCCGCCUGGUGGAGCCCGACUCCCCCGCCGAGGUGUCCGGUCUGCGCGCCGGAGACAGGCUGGUGUUCGUGAACGGAGAGCGCGUGGAGAGCGACAGCCACCAGCAGGUCGUGGCGAGGAUACGCGCGAGCGCCGGGAACCUGGAGCUUAUAGUGGUGGACGUGGACACCGACCAGCUGCUGAAGAAGCACGAGCUGAAGUGUCUGAAGGAGUUUGUCACGGAGGGCGUCCCGGUGCCCGAGUGUGAUGAUGAGGCCGAGAGCAGCGACGAGGUGAUGCGGGAAGACACACCACCGCCACCGGUGCCCGAGAGGAACCGAGAAAUCAUUCCCGGUCACCUUCCCGUGGAGGAGAAACCCAGAACACCCGUGAGCUCAGAAACGGACUUGAAGACCCAGCUCAGACCCCGGCUAUGUGUCAUUAAGAAAGGCCCCAGUGGCUUCGGCUUUAACCUGCACAGCGAGAAGUCCAGACCCGGCCAGUUCAUCAGAGCUAUAGAUGAACACUCGCCAGCACAGAGGUCCGGCCUGAAGCCCAAAGACCGCAUAAUACAGGUCAACGGGGUUUUGGUGGAGGGAAAGCAGCAUGCUGAGGUGGUGGCUGCUAUUAAAGCCGGGGGUGACACCACGACACUCUUGGUCGUAGAUCCAGACACAGAUGCUUUCUUCAAGAAGUGUCGAGUAACGCCCACUGCAGAACACCUCAAAGGACCGCUGCCUGAACCUGUGGUCAACGGAGACAUGGAGGACACGGUUAAUGGAAAUGUGGCCAAAGACGUGGAGCUGAAGGACUCAAAGCUAUCAAUCAGUCCGUCCCCAUCCAAUGCAUCCUCCAUCGGCUCCCUCACGACUCCGCCCACUGGGACUCCACCCCCUGAGGCCGUGGAGCCACCCAUCAAAGAAGCGAUCCCAGAGCUCAGUCUGUCCCUCCAGCAGGUGAAAGAGCGCGCUCACCAGAAACGCUCCAAUAAGAGAGCUCCACCCAUGGACUGGAACAAGAAAAAUGAACUCUUCAGUAACCUAUAGACCUCCGGUCGCCCGUCCACCCAUUUAUCCAUCCAUUAGCUUUGUUUAAGACUUGAUGAAACAGAGAGUAGGCUCAAUGUGAUGCAUCUACAGUGCGUAUAUGUACACACAGAUUUAUAUGUAUUCAGAAUUCUGUAUAUUAAUUACUAACAGAUUAUAUUAGAUUACAUCAGGAAAUGGAAUGUAAUGUUGUACAACUGUGAUGUAUUACAAUCACUGGCUGUGUUCAGAAAGGAGUACUAACUUACUGUAAUAUGAUGCUGACUGAAAACUGAAAUGCGUACUGUUUUAGAAUAUAGUAAAACAGUAGUAGUAGUGUUAUGCUGUAAUGCAUACUGUGGUAUUGUAGACUUUUGUCACAUAAACUCUACAUUGCAUGUUUAAUUUAAGGAGCAGCAUCCACUUAUCAUCUUGAAAAUAAAGUUUAUUUUGUAUUAAUUCAGUGUUGGGAAAAAUGACUUUUAAAAGUUGAUUAAACAGUAGAUGAAAACUUCCAAUGAAAAGUUCAUUGGAAAUGGACAUUGGAUUGGGGGAUAUUACAGCAACUGUGCACACAAUACAUUGCACAGAAGAUAAUAGUAUGUUAGUAUGCUAUUCUGAACAGAGCCAUUGUUUCAAAUCCAGCGUCUUUGACAUAAAGCAGAUGUGAUUCUGCCAUGUGUGUUCUGUGAAUUGGUUUCUGACUGAUUUUUUUUUAAUAGCCACUCUCAGUUUCAUUUCUCUACCAAAUCUGUUGAGAUUCAUUUCAUUGUUUUAUAAUGAAGGACCAAAUGGAGAGUGGAUAGAAGUGAAUCCUGACUAUCAGCCAAUGAGUGUGUUUGAUGAUUUCAAAUGACUGAACAUGUUUAGUAAUACUGCUUUCUAUUAUAAACGGAUACGGUGAUGCCCAAAAGACAUUGAAAUCUAAUCUGCAAUUAAGUAUUUUGUAUUAACUACAACAUUAAAUAGACAAAGGAUUGCUUGGA